GUUGUAAUCCUUCUCACCGAGAAGUGUGGUUAAAAAUAAUCCACAUUUCCCAAAUGACCAAAUGAAAACAUUCAGGUUUUUAAACUUCCUAUUUCGUCAUGGUGUUAUAAAAACAGUCAGAAGAACAAAAAGAGAGAGCAAGAACAGGGAAAGGCACCCUGCACACCCAGAGGCAGUCAGAGAGUAAAAGGAGAGAAAAUUCUCAAGCUGACUGCUCUUUUGGAACUUUCAAAACUGCACGCUGGUGGCCCGACAGGUCGUCCUUGCAGCCAUGUCCACAGGAGGGUUUGCCUCGGUCUUCUACAGCGAGCCGGCAGUUCUGGGGCUGCUGGCCAAUGUGUUCAGUGCCUUUUAUGUAGCGCUGCAGAACUUUGUCCAUGUGAGGACAGGGGAGCCGGCACAGGGACUGGAGAACACACUCGCAGGUGUGCACCUGAUCUUGAUUGGAGGGGCGGUGCAGCUGGUGGCCGGGCUGCUCACCUUCCGUAAGUAUGACCACUUAGCCGGCACCACCUUCCUGGCGUUCUCGGCGCUGUGGGGCAGCUACGGCGCCACGCGGCUCGUCCAGGGCUCCUGGGACGGCUUCAACGACACGCUGGCCGUCACCAACGUCACCGUGACGACUCGGCUCGGGCCCCCUCCCGUCAGCGAGUCGGCCACUGCCGGCCUGGUGGCCUACAUCAGCGUGGCCUUCAUCGUCACCUUCUGCUCGGCCACCGCCAGCUACGUGAUGCCGGUGGUGUUCGGGGCCAUCACGGUGACGCUGGCGCUGGAGGCCAUCGGCCUGCGGGCCACGGGCGCCCUGGCGGCUUCCGGAGCCUUCCAGCUGGUGAUCACGCUGGUGGGGCUGUACGGCGCCACCGCCCUGCUCCUGAAGGGCCUGUACCAGCGCCACGUCCUGCCCGGCUUCGGCAACGCCCUCUUCGACGUGCUGCUGCUGGGCGCCGCCGUCAAGCCCUCCGCCCAAAAGCAGGUGAGGAAGGGCAAGGAGGAAGAGGAGAAGAAGAAGGACAGCAAGUACGCGGAGCCCUUCGCCCUGGGAAACAUGGCUGACACGGUGGCGGCCGUCAUCCUGGCCUUCCACGGCUUCGGCUACCCGGCCUCCUUCCAGGUGGGGGUGCUGUGGCUCAGCUUCAACGCGGUGGCCCAGCUGCUGGCCAGCUACUACGCCUGCCUGCGAGGCGACGCCUUCCACUGCACCAAGUUCGGCCUGCACCUGGCCUUCUGGCUGGUGCUGGGCUGGGAGGAGUUCAUGGGCACCGUGUACCUGCCGGCGCUGGGCGCGGGGGCGGGGGAGGUGGCGGAGGCCCGGGCGCGGCUGGCGGGGAACUGGUUCUUCCUGCUGGCGUCUCUGCUGCCCUGCCUCCUGUCGCUGUCCCGCGACCGGCUGGAGCUGCUGCACAACCUGACCUUCAGCCUGGUGAUGGUCGCCGCCCUGCCGCAGAUCCCCGCCGCCUCCCGUGGGCCCUUCCUGGGCGUGGCCCUCACCCUGUACGCCCUCCUCAGCCUCGCCCUCUCCUUCAUCAGCCUGGUCAACUCCAUCGCCGAGAAGGUCCUGAUCCCGCGCGGAAACCGGCUGGUGGCCACCGGCAAGAUGCAGGAGGCGCUGUUCGGCCUGAAGCGCUGCCUCACGCCCCAACUCAUGCCCGUGCCCGCCUCCCCGGCCAGCCCCGCCCAGCUCUCCGCCCGCCUGCCCGACGCCCUCUUCUUCCUGUCCAAUGGCCUGGCUGCCUUCGCCGCCAUGCACCUGUCGGCGCUCAGGGUCACCUGCAGCCUCCUGGCCCUGCCCGGGGUGCUGCUUCCUGGAGGCCUGCUGCAGCUGUACGUGGCCCGCCUGCAGGUCCGGGGCGGGCGCAGGUUCGGGCCCACGGUGCCCUUCUGCUACGCUGCCAUCUGGAUGACCUGGUCCUGGCUGCGGUUUGCAGUUCCCAUUCUAGGUGUCACUGACCCCUCCAUACAUGCAUUCACUGCUGCAGCGGUGGCCUUCCUCAUCAUCAACUUCUUCAUCAUCAUCAUUGCUGCAUACAGCAACAUGGUUCUGCUGGUGCUCACCAUCACCAUGGAGGGCCUGCUCGGCACCUUCUUUCUCUUCUCCAUCAACAAGCCAGCGCUGCCAGAGGAAGUUGGGCUGCUGGCAUUCUUCGCCUUUGUGUGUCUGUACGGGGCGACAGCUUCACUGACCAACCACGUCUUUGAGAAGAACCUAUUUCCGAUGGGAUCAAAGCUCCUCAAGUCAAAGCCCAAAUCCACCUCAGCCACAGGACUCCCCUGCCCCUGCCCCACCUCUGAGAAAACAAGCGGCCUGAAGACCAUCGCCAACAUCCUGAACACGGGAGGGGUGUGCGGAAUCCCCUCCGACACGGUCUACACCCUGUCGGCCUCCUGCGAACACCCGUCCGCCAUCCAGCGCAUCUACAACAUCAAGGACCGACCAAUGGAGAAGCCCAUCUGCCUGACGAUUGCCACUCUGCAACAGCUUGAGGCCGUGGCUCCACCCUUCAGCCCGUUGCUAUGGGAGUUCAUGCGACACGUCUACCCUGGUGGCAUCGGCUGCAUUGUUAAGAAGGGGGAGUGGUUACGCAAGCUGGGGGUGGGAGAGGCCUACGACUAUGUGGGAACCAAGGACUCCAUCAUGAUCCGCAUCUCCGACCUGACCGUGACAUCGCAUCUGCUGAGCAUGACCGGCCCCCUCGCCAUCACCUCAGCCAACCCCAGCGGGGAGCCCGACAGCACGCACCACGACAUGGUCAUCACGCGUCUGGCAGACAAGCUGGACGGCGUCCUGUGCGACGGCGACUCCACCGAGCUGGUCUCCUCCACCGUGGUCAUCUGCACCAAGAUCGACGAAGGAACACUGUCUUUUCUGAGGGAGGGGGCGGUGCCCAAGGCCAAGGUGCUCCAGAUAUUUGAAAUGGUGAAAAACAAGAUGGCCGCACAAGACGCCUGAUGCCAUGGCUGCCACGUAUAAACAGUCUUCCCCUAGUGUAUCUGAAAAUGGAUGGAGAAAUCUGUUUGUUUGCUCCGUUAAGACAACACAGACACGCCGAUCAGACCAGCAGUCAAAUAUGUUUUUGGAAUACUUUAACACCUUAGAUGUUCUCACAAUGUAAAAGUGAACUAUUUUUCAAUCAUGUUACAACCCAAAGUGUACAAUAUGAAAGAAGAAUACUGUUCUUGCAUGUUGGUACGAACGGAUGUUUCAUUCAAGAUGAUCCAUAGAAGCAUGAAUUGCACUGCUGUAUUGUAUUUCAAUGAACAAUUUGGCCCAGGUCUGACACACACACACCCACAGACACACAGACACACAGACACAACAUGCACACACACACACACACAUUGUGGUAAACUAGUUCCAUUUGUGCAGAUUGCACAAGCACACUUCGCAUGAAUUCUGGUCAGUAGUUUUUAUGAAAUGCAAUGAAUUUCACACAAAAUCAGUUGCAAAGUCACUUGAAAUAUGUGUGAAGAACAUAUACGACUGAAUGUUUAUUUAUUGUUUCAAUUAUACAUACCCAUUAUACAGCACUAUGGAACAUAAAUAUUCAAAGAAAAAUAUUUUUUGCUCAAAAUAUAUUUAACAUCGUUGUCUCAAACGCCGCAUUUUGACGUACCGCCUUCUGAAAUGUGUACUAUUUGCUUUGUUUGUAAAUAAAGACCCGCAAAAAAUA